GCGGGGCGGGGCCAGUGCCCGCGCGUGCCGGCCAUGCCGCGGUCCCGCCGAGCCGCGCGCCGUGGCCCUGGCAGCGCCCGAGCAGGCUCACCCGCCAGCGAGGAGGAGGAGGUCGGCAGCGAGGUGCUGAGCCACUGCAGCAGCGCCAGCGAGGGGACCAUCCCCGCCGAGGAGGCCGCAGGGAGCGAGGCAGCAGGUGAGCCAGGCCAGGAGGAGGAGGCAGAGGACAGGCUGAAGGAGCACAUGGACAACCUCCUGGACAAGAGCGCCAAGACACGUCAAGCAGCACUGCAGAGCCUGCGCCUGGCCUUCUCCUCCAAAACCCUCUCCGAGUUCCUGCUGGAACGCCGCCUCACACUCACCGAUUCCCUGGAGAAGUGUCUCAAGAAAGGUAAAGGGGAGGAGCAGGCGCUGGCGGGCACCGUCCUCACCCUCCUCUGCCUCCAGAUGGGCUCCGGCCCGGAGGGGGAAGAGAUGUUUCGCAGCCUGAAGCCCCUGCUCGUCAGCGUCCUGGUGGACAGCACAGCCAGCCCCAGUGCCCGGCAGAGCUGUGCCACGGCCCUGGGCAUGUGUUGCUACAUUGCUGCUGCUGACCUCGAGGACCUGAUUUCAUGCCUGUCCUGCUUGGAGAGCAUCUUCAGCCCCUCCAACCUAGAUGAGGGGGGCUCGGCACCAGCCCAGCAUGGCCCUCUGCACUGUAGCGCGCUCCAGUCAUGGUCCCUGCUCCUCACCAUCUGUCCCCCCUCCCAUAUCAAGAGCAUCUUGGACAAUGGCUGGCUGAAGCUGCCCCCACUGCUCUCCAGCAGCAGCGUUGCGCUGCGCAUCCUGGCUGGGGAGGCCAUCGCGCUGGUCUUCGAGCUGGCCCAGGACAUGGAGGAGCACUUGUGCCACCAAGAUGCAGAGUUCCUACAAGCCCAGUUCAAGGUCCUGGCUACCGAGAGCAAUAAGUACCGAGCCAAGACAGACCGACGGAAGCAGCGAUCCAUCUUCCGGGACAUCCUGCGCUUCAUCGAGAGUGGGGAGUACCAAGAGGAGACCAUCCGAUUUGGCCUGGAGUGCAUGUACCUGGACAGCUGGGCACGCCGGCGGACCUACCAAGCCUUUAAAGAAGUGCUGGGCUCUGGCAUCUGCCACCACCUUCAGAACAACGAGCUACUACGGGAGAUCUUUGGCCUCGGGCCCCCCUUGGUGCUGGAUGCGGCCGCUCUGAAAGCCAGCAAGGUCUCCCGCUUUGAGAAGCACCUCUACAACUCGGCUGCCUUCAAAGCCCGCACGAAAGCCCGGAGCCGGGUGCGGGACAAGCGGGCAGAUGUGCUGUGAUGGGCAGAGGGGGGCAGAGCCCCAAGCCCACCUGGACUGCAGACCCAGCACUGUGAGGGGCAGGUGACCCUGGCCCUUGAGCUUUUAUUCAUGUACAGCAGAGUAUUUAAUGCCUGGAGCUGCCCCACCGGGGGUUGCCCCCUCUUUUUAUUUUUUUAACCAAAAAAAAAAAAAAAAAGGCUAAAAGAAGAGCAGGGAGGUAGGCAGCAGUAUGCUGCCUUGUGCCUGCUCUGUGGCUGGGGCUCUGCUUGGCACAGAGGAAGGGGGUCUCACAGGGCUCCUCUUUUGGAGGCAGGGCUCUUACUCCCCCUCCCCCCGUCCCACAGGGGCACUGUGGUGGCCUGGCAGAGCCCAAAGAGCUGGGUGGGAGGGCAGAGCACUCCCCCAACUCCCCCCUGCCCCACCGGGCACAGCCCCUGCCUCCACAGCUGGCCUGGCACCCAGGGCUGGUGGCAAGGCAGCUUGGGGUGGCAGGUGCUGCCCAGCCCUGCUGGCUGCCCGCUCUGAGCCCUUUUCCAGCCAAAUGCUCUAUAUGAAAUAGUUCUCUUGUGGGAAAUUAAUUAUGGGGUGGUGACACAGCAGACGAGCCCCAGUGCUGCCCGUGCAGCCUUGGGGGCUGCUGCCUGGGCGGGCACGGGGCCACACCAGCUGGUAGUGCCUGACACCCUGGGAAUGUAUCUAUGGUGGCAAUUUUCUAAGACUUUGAUUACAGAAGGUUAUUAAAAGGCUAAUUGGAGGGUA